UCUCUCAGGGGGCAGCCCACCCUUCCAGCCACCCUGGAGGCCACGGAGCCACUGCUGGGCCCGGAGCCCUUGGAGGAUUACGGGUCGCUGAUAAAGAAGGACCCUCGGCGUGUGGAGAAGGAAUAUUACAGGACCCUCGGAAACCGACGUCUCCUCUUUGCCAGCUUCGCCGCCGUGUUGGGGAAUUUCAAUUUCGGCUUCGCCUUAGUGUACACCUCGCCUGUCAUACCAGCUUUGAUGAAGUCUCCAGUCCCUCACUUGCAACUAACCGAGGUUACCGCUUCCUGGUUUGGGUCCAUCUUCACCUUAGGAGUCGCCGCAGGCGGGUUGUGCACCAUGUACUUCAACGACCGCUUGGGGCGCAAGCUGAGCAUCAUGUUCUCCUCCAUCCCUUCCGUGGCGGGGUACUUCCUGAUGGCCAGCGCCCACGAGGUCUGGAUGCUCUUGGUCGGGAGGCUUCUGACGGGCUUCGCGGGAGGCGUCACCUCGGCGGCCAUCCCGGUCUACAUUUCCGAGAUCUCCCACCCGGGCAUCCGCGGGGCGUUGGGCUCCUGUCCUCAAAUCAUGGCUGUUUUGGGCGCCCUCUUCCUUUAUGCUUUGGGCCUCCUGGUGCCCUGGCGUUGGCUGGCCGUGGCCGGAGAAGUCCCCGUCCUCCUCAUGAUCUCCCUCCUCUUCUUCAUGCCGGAUUCGCCGCGUUUCCUGAUUUCUAAGGGGAAGGAAGACGAGGCGCUGUGCGCUCUCCGCUGGCUGAGAGGCCAGGAUGUGGAUUAUUGGUGGGAAUACGAGCAGAUCAAAGCCAGCGUCCAGGAGCAGAGUCAGCCCAUCACUUGGACGGAAAUCCGCAAGCCUCACAUCAUCAAGCCCAUCGCAAUUACUUUGCUGAUGAGGUUCCUCCAGCAGCUGUCAGGGGUCACCCCAAUCCUGGUCUAUCUGCAGCUGAUCUUCGACAGCACGGAGGUGAUCCUGGCCCCUGAGUACGACGCUGUCCUCGUGGGAGGGGUCCGCUUGGCCUCGGUGCUGGUGGCGGCUUUCUCGAUGGAUAAAGCUGGGCGGAAGAUCCUCCUCUACGUCUCCGCUUGCCUCAUGUUCGCCUCCAAUCUGACCCUGGGCUGCUACAUCCACUUCAUCCCUCAGCUCCUCCACAAUUCUUCCACGCCGGUGGGGAACGGGACCCACCUGGCCCUCGGCGACAGCUCCAUGGCGGGCCUCACGGUGAUUCCUUUGGUGGGCACCAUGUGCUUCAUCAUAGGCUAUGCCAUGGGUUGGGGUCCCAUCACGUGGUUGUUGAUGGCAGAGGUCCUUCCCUUGAAGGCACGGGGAGUGGUCUCUGGCCUUUGUGUACUGGUGAGCUGGUUAACUGCCUUCGCCUUGACCAAAGUGUUUUUGCUGGUUAAGGAAAGAUACGGCCUGGAGGUCCCCUUUUUCUUCUUUAGCGCCAUCUGUGUCAUCAAUCUCGUCUUCACCUAUCUCAUACCCGAAACCAAAGGGAAAUCCUUGGAACGGAUCGAGUCGUAUUUCCGUACGGGGAGAAGAUCGUUCCUGGAAUCCUUCCGGCACCAGAGGUGAGCUCCCGUACCAGCACCAC